GGUUAAAGGAAUAAUAUGCAAAUGAAACAAUUUAAUCGAUGGAUAAUGAACCUGUGGAGCCUUCCAGCUUACACGGUGAUCGUUGGAAAGUGCUGUUGAGGAAGAAAAAGUGAUUGUUCUUCUUUUCUUUCUUCCUUUCGUUUCCUCUCUUCAUCGAGAUAUACAGUUGCACAAGUGGGUCAUUCUGAUAAACACCAAGCAUGCUCGAUUUCUUUAAGAACAGUACAUCAAAUCGUGAUGAUGUGGAUUCCAACCUUACGAUACUUGACCCACCAGAGCUGAACCUUCACAACGUUCCCAGCUCCCCUAUGAGUUUCCGCUCUACAUCGUCAGUGACAAAUGCCAAACAAUGGGGACUUAAGUCUAAAAAGUCUAAGAAUAUGAUGUGCAUACAGAGUGGAUUGGAUGGCGAGCGAGAGAGAAACCAUAUACUGGAAGAACAGGUUCAAAUGCUCAGCUACCAAGCUGCAAAGGCGUUGGAUAUGGUCAAUGAAGUGACAAAGGCCAACGAACAGCUGAAAUUGGAGAAUGAGCAGUUGAGAAGGGGUAAACAGGAGAAUUCCUUCAAACACAGUGAGAGCAUAAACUCUUUGAAUUCGAGUUUGUUCUCGGAUAGUGGCUCCACAGCACUAUCACAGGCUACGUCAAUGCAGUCGAUGUCUGAUUAUAUCCAAGGGAAAGAUAAUGAGAUCCAAAAUAUCAAAGUAGAGUUGGACAACCUAAGAUUGCAAUACGACGAAAGCGUUCAACUCAUAUCACAGUUGAAGAGAGAAAUUGCACUAAUGAAGAACUUGGAUAAGAGUAAUUGGUCUAAACAUCAACGACAAAUGGAUAAGAAGCAUGCAGUUGAGCUUGAGAACUACAAAGAACAGCUGGCAGAUCUGAUGGACCAAUUACACGAGAGACAAGAUACAAAUAUCAAACUGAGACAAAGACUCAUGGAUGUUGAAAAGUAUAGAUUUGAGAUGACACACUAAAUAUUACUUUACGAUU